CCCACAGGAGCAUGAUGGCGUCGGCGGAGCCUCCUGUGUUGCUUGGAGGGUGGAAGCGGCUCCUGGGAGACAAAGAAGAUACUAAGAAGACGACUGUGGAUAACAGAGAAUGAGAAGCAGCGUUAAAAAAAAAAUCAACCAAAAUCUUUUUCACUUCCUCCAGAAAGUAUAAAAACUCUUCUCUUUCCUCAGAAGAUGAGAAACAAGGGAAAGAAUAACAAGAAUAAUGUUUUGAGCUGGAAACAAUAGUGUAUGUGGAACUCAAGGAAAGAUUACAUGAAAAGUCAAAGAGGAUAAUUUCCAAAUUCAGAAAAAGUGGAAAUAACUGGAAGUCUGUGGGAAGGAAAAGUUCCCUUGGAUAGCCAAAAUGGGACGGCAUUAAUGAAAGCCUUUGAGGAAGAAAAGAGCGACUUAAUUCAAAGUAGCUGCAGGUAAGAGCUCAGAAGUGGUCCUAAUGCAGCAAAAGCUUUACCACCCCACUCUGGUGAGACACAAGAAAACUCACAUUGGAGAGAAACCCUUUGAAUGUCCUGAUUAAGUUUCACUCAGAAUUCCCACCUGGUGAUACACCAGAGGAUUCAAACUGGAGAAAAACCAUAUGAGUGUCCCGAUUGUGGGAAAACGUAUACUUGGAAGUCUGAUCUGAUGAAGCAUCACAGGACUCGCAUGGGGGAGAGAUUUUAUGAGUGUCCACAUUGUAGAAAAGGUUUUAGUCAGACUUCCAAACUGAUGAUACACCAAAGAACUCACACAGGAGAGAAACCAUAUGGGUGUCUUGAGUGUGGGAAAAAAUUCAUUCAGAAUUCCAAGCUGUUGAGACACCAAAGGACUCAUAUGGGAGAGAAACCAUAUGAAUGUCUUUAUUGUGGGAAAAGUUUCACUCAGAAUGCCAGCCCAGUGAUACACCAGAGGACUCACACAGAGGAGAAACCAUAUGAGUGUCAGGAUUGUGGGAAAAGUUUCACUCAGAAUUCCAACCUUAUGAUACAGCAAAGGAUUCACACAGGAGAAAAACCGUAUGAGUGUCUGGAUUGUAGGAAAAGUUUCAGUCGAAAUUCCCACCUUGUGGAACACCAGAGAACUCACACAGGAGAGAAACCAUAUAAGUGUCCCGAUUGUGGGAAAGGUUUCUUUUGGAAUUCUAAGCUGGUAGUUCAUCAGAGAACUCACACAGGUAACAAACCAUAUAAGUGUCCCGAUUGUGGUAAAAGUUUCAAUUGGAAUUCCGUUCUGGUGAAACACCAGAGGACUCACACAGGAGAAAAACCAUAUGAGUGUCUGGAGUGUGGGAAAAGUUUCACUCAGAAUUACGACUUGGUUAUAUACCAGAGGACUCACUCGGGAGAAAAACCAUAUGAGUGUCCGGAUUGUGGGAAAAGUUUCAGUAAGAAUUCCAAUCUGGUGGUACACCAGAGCACUCACACAGGAGAGAAACCAUAUGAGUGUCUGGACUGUGGGAAACAUUUCAGUCGAAAUUCCCACCUGGUGGAACAUCAAAGAACUCAUACAGGAGAGAAACCAUAUAAGUGUUUGGAUUGUGGGAAAAGUUUCAUGCAGAAUUCCCACCUUCUGAUACAUCACAAGACUCACACAGGAGAAAAACCAUAUAAGUGUUCUGAUUGUGGGAAAGGUUUCCGUCGGAAUUCUUACCUGGUGCUACACCAGAGAACUCAUACAGGCAUCAAACCAUAUGAGUGUCCGGACUGUGGGAAAUGUUUCACUCAGAAUUCCAACCUGCUGAUACACCAGAGGACUCACUCAGGAGAAAAACCAUAUGAAUGUCCGGAUUGUGGGAAAAGUUUCAGUAAGAAUUUCAAUCUGGUGGUACACCAGAGCACUCACACAGGAGAGAAACCAUAUGAGUGUCUGGACUGUGGGAAACAUUUCAGUCGAAAUUCCCACCUGGUGGAACACCAAAGAACUCACACAGGAGAGAAACCGUAUAAAUGUCUGGAUUGUGGGAAGAGUUUCAAGCAGAAUUCCAACCUUCUGAUACACCAGAAGACUCAUACAGGAGAGAAACCAUAUGAAUGUCCUGAUUGUGGGAAAAGUUUCACAUGGAAUUCUGAGCUGAUGAUACACCAGAGAACUCACACAGGAGAGAAACCAUAUGGGUGUCUGGAGUGUGGGAAAAAAUUCAUUCAGAAUUCCAAGCUGUCAAGACACCAGAGGACUCAUAUGGGAGAGAAACCAUAUGAGUGUCUUUAUUGUGGGAAAAGUUUCACUCAGAAUGCCAGCCUAGUGAUACACCAGAGGACUCACACAGGGGAGAAACCAUAUGAGUGUCAGGAUUGUGGGAAACGUUUCACACAGAAUUCCAACCUGAUGAUACACCAGAGGAUUCACACAGGAGAAAAACCGUAUGAGUGUCUGGAUUGUGGGAAAAGUUUCAGUCGAAAUUCCCACCUUGUGGAACACCAGAGAACUCACACAGGAGAGAAACCAUAUAAGUGUCCCGAUUGUGGGAAAGGUUUCUUUUGGAAUUCUAAGCUGGUGGUACAUCAGAGAACUCACACAGGUAACAAACCAUAUGAGUGUCCCGAUUGUGGUAAAAGUUUCAAUUGGAAUUCUGCUCUGGUGAAACACCAGAGGACUCACACAGGAGAAAAACCAUAUGAGUGUCCGGAUUGUGGGAAAAGUUUCACUCAGAAUUACGACUUGGUUAUACACCAGAGGACUCAUACCAGAGAGAAACCAUAUGAGUGUCUGGACUGUGGGAAACAUUUCAGUCGAAAUUCCCACCUGGUGGAACACCAAAGAACUCACACAGGAGAGAAACCGUAUAAAUGUCUGGAUUGUGGGAAGAGUUUCAAGCAGAAUUCCAACCUUCUGAUACAUCAGAAGACUCACACCGGAGAAAAACCAUAUAAGUGUUCUGAUUGUGGGAAAGGUUUCUGUCGGAAUUCUUACCUGGUGCUACACCAGAGAACUCAUACAGGUAUCAAACCAUAUGUGUGUCCAGACUGUGGGAAACGUUUCACUCAGAGUUCCAACCUGGUGAUACAUCAGAGAAUUCACAGCAGAGAAAAACCAUAUGAGUGUCUGGAGUGUGGUAAAAAAUUCAUUCAGAAUUCCAAACUGGUGAUACACCAGAAGACUCACACAGGAACGAGACCAUAAUGAAUGUCUGGAUUGUGGGAAAGAUUUCAGUAGUACGUCUACCCUGUAGUUCUCCCAUGUAACCAAAUCAUGUAACACAUAGGGGAGAAACCAUUUUAAGGCCUAGAUUGCUGACAGUGUUUCAGACAAAAUUCCUCUCUUAUCUUACAGAAGAUAGUCCACAAGGUGUAUGUAGAGAUAUCUUGAAUAUUAUUUCUGAUCUCUCAUUGCAAGCUCAGGUGAAAACUAACCAUUUUAAUUUUUCAGCUGAUUUUUUUUAAUCAAAAAUCUCUUAUUAUUAAACAUGAAGAAGAUCUAUUAAACAUGGUAAAUAUGGUCAGCCGGCGAAAGAAACCUGCCCAGCGGCAAAAUUUAGUUAAGCAACAGAGAUUAGCACUGCCUCCUAGAAUCGGAGAUGAUCGGACAGAGGAAACCUCUAGGAAGAAAAUAGCCUGCCCAAUUUUAUGGGAAAUAGUUCCCAUGAAACAGUUUAUGAGAAAUAGUUCCUGUAGGGCUGGAACUGCAGUAGAAAAGGUUCAUUUCCAAGCUCCUAUCAUCAAAAUUUAAAGAAAUGGACAAGGAGCAUGCCCAUCUCCCACCCCCAUCUCAACCAGUAGAACAAGUAAAUGCAAAAAUAAUAAAGGUGGGAGAAUAAUGACAGCUGCCCUAUUGACGCAAUGCUUAGAAUGCAGUAUUGCCAGCUGACUCUGCCCACAGCCUGCAAUUUGAUCCUGAUGGGGCUUGAGGUUGACAGCCUUCCAUCCUUCUGAGAUCUGUAAAAUGAGUACCCAGGUUGUUGAGAGCUAUGUGCCGACUCCGUAAAGGGAGACUGCUGUAAAGCAGGG